AUGUGUCAUGGGAUCCAUCCGACAGUGUUCGUUGUUGGUGUUGUCAGCAAGGCAGCUGCGCCGCCUCCGGGUGAUGGUGGGGGAGCUCCACGAGUGCCAGGCAUCUGCGCGGGGAAGCGUACCAUCGCCCGCUACUUGGUUGACCACCAUGGCUUCACCCAGCUCUCUCUCUCGACCCGUUCCAAGAACGGAGCGAACGAUGGCAUCGAUGGGAUCGCCUUCUCAACCAACAGCAGCUUGAGCGAUCCCGACAGGCCACCGAAUCCCCAACACACCUUCUCCGCCCCCAGCGACCUCCUGGACUUCGUCACCAAGCAUUGGCGCGGCCGUUGGGUGACGACCGACAUCCACACCGAAGCGGUCCUCGACCUCUAUGCCCGGCGCCCCUUCUUCCUCCUCCUCAGCGUCGACGCGCCGCUCACCGUCCGCUGGCAACGCUACCAGGCCCGCCAACAGCAACAACAACAACACCUCCUCACCACCGCCACCACCACUACCGAAGCCGACCCCUCCACCCCCACCCCCCAACCCGUGACCCUCGAAAGCUUCGUCGCCCUCUCGGACGCGCACCUCUACGACGCCGCGCAGGGCGCCAACACACUCCUCUCGCGGGCCGCCGUGCGGCUGCUCAACACGUCGCAGUCCCUCGCGCACCUGUACGCGACGCUCGGCAAGCUGGACCUGCUCGACGGCGACCGCCUGCGCCCGUCCUGGGACGCCUACUUCAUGUCGCUGGCGUCACUGGCGGCGCAGCGCAGCAACUGCAUGAAGCGGCGCGUCGGCUGCGUCGUGGUGCGCGACAAGCGCGUCAUCUCCACCGGCUACAACGGCACGCCGCGCGGGCUGCGCAACUGCGGUGAGGGCGGCUGUGCGCGGUGUAAUGCGGGGGAGGGGGGGUCCGGUCAUGGUUUGGCGACGUGUCUGUGUAUUCAUGCCGAGGAGAACGCGUUGCUGGAGGCCGGCCGCGAGAGGUUGCGGGAUGGGGCCGUGCUGUAUUGUGAUACUUGUCCGUGUUUGACGUGUAGUAUCAAGAUUGUGCAGGUGGGGGUGGGGGAGGUGGUGUAUAAUCAGGGGUAUAGUAUGGAUGGGGAGACCGCAGCGGUGUUUAGGGAGGCUGGGGUGAGGUUGAGGCAGUUUGUGCCGCCUGCCAAUGGGUUGAUUCACCUCGAGAGACUGGAGUAA